UAGAAUACAUAUUGAGAAAGGGGGAAGUGUGAGGCGUGGAUGCUAAAGUACAGAAAGCUCCACCUGCUCUCCCGUCUAUACAUACAAUUAUAUGUUUCUAUUUGAUUAUGCAUCGCCAUGUGAUCCCUUUUCUCUCCGUCCGUUAGGGUUUCUUUGUAUCUCUCACCAACUGCACAUACAUCACGCCUAGGGUAGGGUAUAGGGUAGGGAUAAUCAUCAUCGUAUAAUAAAGUAGAGUUGGAUUGAAUUGGAUUGAGGAGGCUCUGUUUUCUCUGGGAUGGUUAGUGAUGAUGCUGGGACGAGAGGGCGGGUACUUGGUGCCGGCGGAUCCCAAGAAGAAAGGCGCCGGGUCGCGGAGCUGGCUGCUCAUGGACGCUUCGGGUCAGGAGAUUGUUCUUGAUGUCGACAAGUAUGCUAUUAUGCACCGCGUGCAAAUUCACGCUCGUGAUCUCCGCAUUCUUGAUCCCCUUCUCUCCUACCCCUCCACUAUACUCGGCCGUGAACGCGCCAUCGUUCUCAAUUUAGAGCAUAUCAAGGCUAUUAUUACAUCCGAAGAGGUACUUCUACGAGAUCCAUUUGAUGAAAAUGUUACUCCUGUUGUUGAGGAACUCAGGAGACGACUGAAGCCAGUAAAUGCAAAUCAUGAAGAUCAAGGGGAAGGCAAAGAUUCCGGUGCUCAGCAAGAUGUUGAAACAGCUGAAGAAGAUGAAUCUCCAUUUGAGUUCAGGGCCUUGGAGAUUGCUUUGGAAGCCAUCUGCAGUUUCCUUGCUGCACGGACAAUAGAUUUGGAGACUGAUGUUUACCCAGCACUGGAUAUGCUUACCUCCAAGAUUAGCAGCAAAAAUUUGGACCGAGUUCGGAAGCUAAAGAGUCAAAUGACAAGGUUGACUGGUCGUGUGCAAAAGGUGAGGGAUGAACUUGAACAACUCUUGGAUGAUGAUGAUGAUAUGGCUGACCUUUAUUUGUCUAGAAAAUUAGCUGGCGCAUCUUCACCUGCAAGUGCAUCAGCCAGUUGGUUUCUCGCUUCACCUACAAUUGGCUCAAAGAUAUCUAGAGCGAGUAGGGCAAGUGUAGCAACUGUCCGAGGGGAUGAGAAUGAUGUUGAAGACCUUGAGAUGUUACUAGAGGCUUACUUCAUGCAAAUCGAUGGCACGUUAAAUAAACUGAACACACUGCGUGAAUAUAUUGAUAAUACAGAAGAUUACAUUAAUAUUCAGCUUGACAAUCAUCGAAAUCAGCUCAUUCAGCUAGAGCUAUUUCUUAGUUCGGGAACUGUUGUUAUGUCCAUCUAUUCUUUGGUGGCUGGAAUCUUUGGGAUGAACAUUCCGUAUUCUUGGAAUGACAAUCAUGGAUACAUGUUUAAAUGGGUGGUAAUUGUUACUGGGAUCUUUUGUUCAGUACUUUUCAUACUCAUUAUAUCUUAUGCUCGCCACAAAGGGCUUGUUGGAUCAUAAAUCUUAGACUAGUAGUAUACCCUACUUGGGUAGGAACACAAUUGUAAAAUACAUUUCUUAUACACAACAUUAUUCUUACAGAGUUUAUACUGUAUACAUAAGUUUUGGAUGAUGAUGAGUAUGAUAUUUAUUGUUAUUAAUUUAGAUAAUGCCAUGUUGUCUA